UUCCUCGUCAACUACCUACCUUCCUACCUCCUUGCUGGCUUGCAUGCAUUCAUUCAUGCAUGCACCCGAUACGGUUAGGCCUACAAGGCGCUUGCCGCGCCGCCGCACGUUUUGUUGACGGCAGUCGCGACCACACUGGUACGUACCUGUUACUUGGUGGUUUGGUGGUCCAAGCUCGGGGGAAUAUCUCGCGAUGCCCGUAAUUGCUUCUUCUCCCUUUGCCCUCCUUCGUCACACUAUCUUCCUCCGCCUCCUCUUCUCAGCCGCACGCACCGUACCGCACCCGCAAUCUUGCGUCCGUCCCACCAUGGGUUGAAAGCAUGUGCAACACGAGAGCGGGGGGCCGAGUCGAGUCGUCCCUUCGCCGGCCAGCCCUUGUGCGUGCAUGUAGAUUCGCCUCAUCGCGUCCCAUCCCCUCCAUCCGCCAACCCAUCGACGACGUUCGCUCCCCGCUUUCGAGGGCCCCGGAUUCGCAUUCUGACGUCGCAGACAAACCAAGGCAACGCCAAGCCUGGCCUACCCUCCCCCCUUGCGCACGCACGCACGUACGCGACGAGGAAACUACGCGAGCUAGGCCAGUUCAAGUCCGGAGUCAGUGAGACGACACACGACGCUUCCCGCCGUCGCCGAUCCAAAAUGACUCCGCCGCAGGCAAGCUCCUCCUACUCCUCCUCGGCAGCGACCUUCGAGUUCGUCGUCGGCAACCGUCCCGACCAGCUCAAGGGUCUGGCCACAUCCCGCCUGCGCUCCCACGUGUCCAAGCGCGGCUGGCAGGCCCAUCUGGCCGUCCAUCAUCCCACGCCGCCACCGCAGGUCCAGCAGCAGCAGCGCUCCUUAGCCUCUUCUUCCUCCUCUUCCUCGUCGUCUCCUGCUGCUGGCCGAGGCGGCGACCCCAAGGCCGACGCUCGCGAGCGCAGGCGGAGACGACGCCGCGCCGGCAAGCCCGUCUCUGUCACGUAUGAGCUCGCCGCUACCUCUCUUCCUCUUCCUGCCCCUCCUGCCAAUGGUGAUGGUGACGGUGAUGAUAAUGAAAACGCCUCUGCGACCUUGAUGUCGCUGCUGGUGCCCCGACACCGGCCCGCCGCCGCCGCUGCCGCCGCCGCCUCCCCUCCGGCACUCCUCUUCGACCCCUUGCUAGGCGGCACCAGGGUCGAUCCCUUCAGAGCCUAUCCCGGGCCUUGGCACCCCGACAUCCCGGCGUGGACGGACAACUACGUCGUCCACAUGGCCGUCGACAUCGCCGAGCUCGACGGGCCGGGCCACAAGGGCCUCCUCCGCACCCGCUGGUUCCCCCUUGUCCUAUCGGACCCCUCCAUCUUUGCCGUCAUCUUACUUCUUUCGGCCGCAAACUACGUCUCCAACGCCUAUCCCGCCAGUUAUCCGUUCUCAUCAUCAUCAUCAUCAUCAUCGUCUUCCUCCUCCUCCUCAGCCUCAUCUCCUCCCACAACGACGACCGGCAGCCAGGGCAAUAACAGCGAUGCCAAAGACGACAGCAGUAGCGGUGGGGUCACCAUCUACCGGAACACUUUCCCCUCGCGCGGCGCCAUCCGCCAGCACCUCCUGCACAUGAAGCACGUAGCCAUCUCAUCGGUCAAUGCCGCCCUACGUGACCCCCGCCGCCGCCUCUCUGACGAGGUCCUUGGCGCCGUCGCCAAGCUCGCCAGCUUCGAGGCCAUGCACGGCGAUGAGGCCGCCUAUCACGCUCACAUGCGCGGUCUGUGCCGCAUCGUCGACCUGCGCGGCGGCAUCGACGCCCUCGUCGGCCUCGGCGGCCUGCUCCGCCGCAUCCUCGUCUGGAUCGACCUCAACUCGUCCUUUUUGCUCCGCUGCGACAGGUACUUUCCCGGCUGCACCUUUACUGGCCGCGCCGACGAGGCGACGGAGCCGAAUCCCGCCCGCUUUGUGGCCGACAGGUGAUGGGAAACGGGAGAGGGGGGUUCUGGCGAACGGGACGGGGCGUCUCGGCUCACAAGAAGAAAUACUAGGGUCAGCGCAUUCCAACAAAGACCUAGGUAUGGUUCCGGCGCCGAAAUCAGCGUCGCGUGCUCUCAUCAUGUUCCAAGGGAUAAUACGAUAUCUGAUUACCUUCGUCGCUCCAUAUCUAGCCAAGCC